AUGAUCCUCCACAAGGCCGACGACGCACUAAUGUGCAAGGUCGAUCAGCAGCUUCAAGGAGCUGGCUUACGUCUUCACCAAAGAUACACCUCUUACCGGACAAUCAAGAAGAACCCUGACCACGUGUAUAACUUGCACAAGAAGUCCGACGAAUCCCUUCGAGAUUACAUCAAGAGAUUCAAAGCAGAAAAGGCCAACAUUGUGGGAUAUGACGACCGAAUCGCGUCAUCUGCCUUCAAGAAAGGUCUUCCAGCUAAACAUAACUUGUACCGCGAGCUGACUAUCACUCCCAGCCAGACUUUGGCCGAGGAAUAUCAGUCGACUAAACGGGCAAGCCAAAGAAGCGAUGGAUUUAGCAACAAGAACAAGGACAAGCGUAAGUCACACCCACAAGGGGACGCUAAGGCAGGAGAGGACUACACCAAGUUCACCAUCCCCAUACACCAAAUCUUAGCACAAGUGAAAGACAAACCUUGGAAAGUGCACCUUGAAGAACUCGUGAGAGAAGGUCACUGCACGGAAUUCAUCGCGAAGCAGGCCAUCCAGCGGAUUGAAGAUCGAGACACUGCCAAAGAGCCACCCAAGAAGGUCAUAAGGAUUAACACAAUCCUAGCCGAUGCCAAGGAGUCAGGGCUAACCAGCAAGGAAAAGAAGAGGAAGAUCAAACAUGCCACCAUGAUCUCCCAAGUCUCGACUGACCUUCUACUAGCAAAAGACGAUCCUAUAAUCGGCUUUCAAAAGAAAGAUCUGAUUGGUCUCGACAUGCCACAUAAUGACGCCCUUGUCAUCAACAUUCAAAUUGCUAAGGCCAUGGUUGACCAAAUCCAUGCAGACGAGGGCAGCGCAACCAAUAUCCUACAAUUGGCCAUCAUCCAGCAGAUGGGCUUGGAGACAAAGAUCAACAAAUCAGCAAGAUCACUAACCGGCUUUAAUGGUGCACGAUAG